AUGAGAAAAAUGUCUGUUUGUGAGAAAAGUGAAAAUUAUUCGUUACCGCCUUACGUUUCUGGAAAAUUGCACGGAUUCUGUGAGUUAUUUAUUGACGAAAUCAAAUGGACAACUACCAAAACUUAUAAUACAGUGAAAAUAUUGAUUAAAUUUUGGGGAGAAAGUAGAUCCAGGAUAUUUGAAAAAGUUGAAAUUAAAAGACCAGAAAGUAAUAAAAGUCUUAAGUAUUCAGCUAUAACAAAAAACAGUAAAACAAUAUUAACAGCAACUUACAAAGUCUGUACAAACAAUCAGCUGUUUCAAUCGUAUCUUAAAAAUAGUGAACCAAUUCAAAUUGAGAUUUUCUCUGCAAAAACAGCAGAUUUAAUAGGAAAAUUGUCAGUGAAAAUUCCCGAGGAAUUGUAUAAUCUAGAAAAUAAAGCGUCAAGUCAAGUGUAUGUUGAUAUUUUAAGCAAUCGAAACUUUAAACUUGGAGAAAUUAAAAUUUCAUUUGAAGUCAAAUUAAACAUUAAUUGUUGUACAAUGAUGGAUGUAACACAGCCAAUAGUGUCUCUAAAGAUAAAUCCAGAAAAAGACGUCUGUAAAGAGAACCAGAAGUUUCAAAAAUCGAUAAAAAUAAGUAAAUCAAAAGCAAUUGUGGAAGAGAAUAAAGAAAAUUUGCAAGGCAUUGCAUGUAUUGGCAAUAAAAUGGCGAUUACAGUAAGAGAAUCUAAGCCCAAAAAGCCAUUCCUUCUGAAGACAAAACAAACAUCAAUUAAUCAUAGACGCGCCGAGUCAAAUAAAUCAACAACGACUUCAUCAAUCAGUGAAAAGGAAAUCUACAUGUCAAAUAAACACAAUUUGUCUGAAGGAAUAGGAAAAUUAACGUUAAUUAAUUACUUAAGAGGGCAGCAAAUGACAAGUUCUGAAGAAAAUCGAAUUUUGAGUGAUCUUUUACAAUUGUCCCCGACACAAAGUCUUAUUGAUGGAAUUAGAGCGAAUAGUGCAAAAGUGUCAUCAAAACCCGUUUCAAAACGUGAUGAAUCGAAAUGUCUGAAAGUUUUAAUAAACGUACUGGAACUAAAUGAAAUUGGAUAUGAGGAUGUAAAACAUUACUUUAACAAUUUUUCAAAUGCCAAAUUUAUUUUCAAAUGUGCAUUAACAUCGAAGCUGUUUGGAAAAUCAAAAGAAAAUUUCAAUUUUCUUUCAUCUAUUUCGGAUCUUCCAUCCCACAGAAUAGUGUUUGCAAACGAUCUUGUGAGAAAUAUUAAGCUAUCAGAUGAUUCAAUUAACACAUACCUUAAUUUUGGGUUUUGUAUGAAAACUGUUAAUUACAGCUACUCAUCAUUUCGUGUCAUUGGAUUUUCUCGUGUGAAAAUCGAGGAAGUAUUAAGGAAUAAUUACUGCUUUUUUAAAAAGUGUCCUGUAUUGAAUGAAAAUGAUGUACGAGUUGGGUCAGUUACUCUAAAAAUUGAAAUUACGGACCUAAACAUUGAAAGUCAUUCAGUUUAUACUGAAUAUCGUCCACCAGCGACACUAUUGUCUCAUCAAAGACUGAAAACAACGUCUCAUCCAAGUACAUCAAAUGACGAUUGUGAGAAUAUGGGAGAAAGAAACUUUGACAAAAGCAUGCAAACGGAUGAAAAUGAGAUGAGAUCUAAAGGUUCGAGAAAAGAGAACAGAACUGACGAUAAUCGUGAUACUGAAAUGGUCGACGUAGAAGCUAAAGAUAGCAUUCGUAAGGCAAAAGUUUAUCAAGGAAUCUUAUUUAUUGAGGGAUUAAAAAGUUCAAAAGAUCAGAAAAUUUCUUCGGAAUAUUUCAUAACUUACGAUGGAUUUUGGAAUGAGUGUCAAGAAAUGACUGAAGUUUCGGUCAGCAAUAUAUUGAACUACUUAAAGCAAUUUGCCGUAAUUUUCGACAGUGAAUUUUUGAAAAAAGUUCAAAACAACUUUAUGGAACUGAAAUUGUGGGAGAAGACAAAUGAAAAAUCAGAGAAACUUAUAGCAACGACGCGAGUUCCAUUGCAUCAGUUUUACAUUGCAUUUAAAGAUAUUGAGAUGAUUGAACAUUUAAGUACAAAUAAGUUACCUGUUAUAUCCACAGACGCUUGGUGCAAUUUCGUAACUCCACUUUCGAGUGAGCUUCUUUGUCAAGCAAAAAUUCUGUUGGCAAUUGGCAGUGAGAAUCAAAUUGAUUUCUUAAAAUUGUCAAGAAACCUACACAAUUUACAACCACCACAAAAACAAGAAUUAAAGGAACAUAAUAACAGUUCAAGUCCUUAUGAUCCAAACGCUCAAAUUAAAAGUAAAUUAACUGCCUUUAUUGAAAGUCUUUCGCAAAAAUUACCUGAACCAAGCACUGCAGUAAUUCAACAGAAAUUCUCAGCACCUUCAGUUUCGUCAAAUUCAUCAGUCGGUUCACAAAGUUCACAGCCACAAUUAAGGAAAACAUCCGAGUUACUCGAUACUUUGCAAAAAGCUCUUUCUCAGCCACCUCCGCAAUCAGAUUUAUCAUUGUUUCAAGCACAUACUGAACAUUCUGACAUGUCAAUAAGUUCAGCGACACCAAACAAUGACUCGAUAAAAAUUAAUGUGACAAUUGAGCAUGCAGCAAAUCUUCCAAAAGUUAUUGUCAAAAAGUGCCGAAAUAACAAACGAAAAAAUAAAGGAACUACACCACAAAAGGCUGAAUUUGAUCCACACACUUAUGCAACAUUUGAAGCCACAACUGAUCAUUUGAAUGAAAAAUCACUUCCACAAAAUACAAUAAAGUCGCAUGAAGGAAUUGUUUAUUGUACAAAAGUCGUUAGAAGUACAAAUCCAGAGUGGAACCAAUCGUUUGAAGUUUAUGUGCCUUUUGAUGUUUUGAAAAAUCCACAAAAGAAAUUUGUCAUUAAAGUAUGGAGAAAACCAUCGCAUGAUCCACAAAAAAUUGAACCAUCUCCUUUUGAAGAUUCAGUUAUUGGAUUUUCAGCAAUAGACUUGAGUGUUUUAUUAACAGGAUUGCCAGUUCUGUCUGGAUAUUAUAAUGUCAUCGAUUUUAAUGGUCGUUCAAAUGGACAAAUUAAAAUUACUCUAAAGCCACUGGAUGACGUUAAUAAAUUUAGAAAUCCUUCAUCUCCUUUAGUUCCAUUAAUGCAGCCAUUAAGUAUUGAUAUCAGUAGCAAUGAAUCAUCAAAUGACGGAUCAAACAUAUUAUCACGUACUCUUAAGAGAAAAUUUACAGAACUCGAUGAAAUAACACAAAGAUUAAGAGCACGGCUUUUUGACGUAACGGCCGAUGAAAAUUUAGAUCCAGACGAAGAAUUUGAAAAAGAUUUAAAUACAGCUGUCGAUGAUAUGGACGACAAUGAAGAUAAUUUAGAGAAUUUUGGAUGGUUAAAGAAUGAAGAUGAUCUUGGACAUAAUUUAUUGCAACAAACAGAAUGUUUUCAAGAAGAUUUUAAUAAAAUUAUAGAAUCUCGACCAUCGACAUCAAAAGAUCAGUCUAGUGUUCCUACACGGCAAAUUACAGGAUGUUCGUCUGAAACUUCACAAUUUGCUAUCGAUGAUUUAUUAAAGAAAUAUGAUUUAGAUACUUUAAUCAAUCCGAAUAUCUUUAAAAAUCUUCUUGAUCCAACACUUGCGAAUUCAGAUUCAACACCCACAUUGAAUCCCCAGCCAGUCAAUAAAGAUUCCAACGAUAAGGAUGAAAAUGAAUCUGAUGUAACGACAAUAUCGAGUAUUUCAAAUGAUCAGGAUGUAAAAAUAAUACAAAAAGCAUUGCAGCGUGCAUCAUUACAAGAAAAUAGUGAACAGAGUUCAACAAGACGGGAACCUGAAGGAGAAAUAAAUAAGUAA